UUAGACGCUCGUCGUUUUCGUCCCGCGGCAGCAGAACCUCUCGUUUCUGGCCAGCAUGAACCACCUUUUUUUCGUGAAGAUGCUGGAAGGGAAGUGGGUGAGGAAGAGUCAACAGAAGAAAAGCUUCCCCGUCGGGAAUAAUUUGUACACGGAAGACGACCGGAUGUACAUACUCUUCAAAGGCGACGAUUUGCGCGCAAACACGCCCGUCGUUUACGAGGGGAAACUGCCUCCUGACGCCGCUGCUGCAGUGCGGCUGCCGCAGAAGGUUACGCAAACGUUUGUGUUCGACAUCCCGUUCAACCCUUGCGAUUGGUCGCAUGUCUCGCCUACGCAUCGGGGCAGUGUGUACGGGGACAUGGAACGCAACUCCACGCACUUCGUUAAUCUUCUCGAGUCUGUCACCAAGAAGUGGGACAGUGUAGUCUUCCUGGGGAAGCCACACGCGCGAUCCGUGAGGGAACUGCUGAAGGCAGGAUGGCACGUCAUCGCAAUGGAAGGGAACUCUGAGCUCUUGCAAUUUACAAUUGAUCUCGUCAAAACCGAGGUCAAUUCGGGUGCCCACAUUUGUGAGUUCAUGGUCGUCGACGAGUCUCGCCCUCGCGCGUGGAACAACAAGACGGACAUGUGGUUCAAGUUGAGUGUGAGGAAGCGGAACAAGAUAUACGACUUCUUAUUCCUGCGAACGCGGCCCAACAGAGACACUGACGCCGAUUACUCCUCCUUGAUCUCCACGGAAGAUGAGGAGACCACCGACAUCGAGUUCGAUGCGACCGCGAACGAGGAGGGCAGCGACACCGAAAGCCUCGACCUGCAGUACGGCCCGCAUCCCGGGCAGCACACAACAGGGUCUUCCUUCGCAGGUCCGUCAACAAGCCCGACAUCCCUCGUGUCACCGAUGGCGAAAGCGGCGCCUGGCACUACCCCGAUGAAGCUGCUGCAGAGAAUGCAAGCUCUGGCCUCCGACCAUCGCUCAUUGCGUCCUGGGUCUGACAUCCCGGCCGAUCAUCUGUCUUGGAAGGAUGCCAACAUUCACUUCCUGCCUGAGCCUCAAAGUCGUUCCACGGAGGCGGACUGGGGCCAUGACAUGAUUUGGCAUCCAGGAGUCAUCCAGCCGGCGAUCCAAAAGGGUGAGUGGAUCGUGGCCGUCGUUGUUCCGGACGGAGGUUGGGUGCCCCUCCCUCGCGGGUCGAAGUCUGACUUCCUCGACGUCGCUAGAAUUGCGGUCCUCCAGAAAGUCAGGGCCGAGAAUGACUCUUUCGCACCCGAAGACCUGUCCGUCAUUUCCACAGUCGGGCGAUUGUUCACCGAACUUCAGGAGAAGUGCUGGUUGGAGCUGACGGAGGACUACUACGACCUCGAUACGAGCCCCUCGAAGGGAAGGGUGGACUGGAAAAUCCCUCCUCCCAGUGGGACGCAUGGUGGUGGGGGAGGCCUUCGGGCGUCAGCAGUCUACCGGUCCCGUUCCGGCAAGCUCGGCACAGCAGCGGAAGUGCCCACUUCAUCCGCCGGCUCGGAGAUGGCGGCCUUGGUUGCUCUCCGUGCCGGCUCGGUCGAAACGUUCAAGUCCGUCGGGAUCCGAACUUCAAUGCUUGCAGAGCGGACGAAGAGGACGGACGCGCAGAGCUUGUCAGGAGCGGGGGUGGCGAGUCGUGAUCCCAAAAUGGACAGCGGUGCGGUGAGGGACGAGACUGCGCCACCUGCGGGGGACAGCCAACCGCUUCGGACGGAGCGAGAGGGUACGUGUGGAGGGCCCAGCGACAGGGAGACGGCGAAGUUUGCCGGGAUCCGAACUUCUUCAGGCAAUGGGGGCCAACCGGGGUUUGUCGUGCCGGCAGGAGGGGCUGCGUGCGGCGAGCGGGAAGGGCAUUCGUCAAAAUUUGACACGGGUUCGGGCGAAGUGGCUGGAUUGCAUGCACGGGAAGAAGGCAGGGUGAUGGACAAAGAGAAGGAAGGGGAGGAAGGAGACACAGGGGAGAAAUUGGAGGAAGGAGGGGAGGAAGGGGAGGAAGAAGAGGAUGAAGGGGAGGAAGGACAGGAAGGGGAAGAAACGGAGUUGGCUGGGUGGCAAGGAGGGAAGGACGGAGAAAAAGGUGAACUCGAUACAGGAGACGGCGAACGGACGUUCGGCGACGACGAUGACAGAUCCGGGGAGUCGUCUGACGGAUUCGGGCAGCUGUACGGAGAACAUCGCGAGGAAGACGACGACGACGAUGACACGACACUGGGUAUGGAGACACAGGUGGUCACAAGCCUUUCGGCAGAACGUGAUGACUAUGAGGUCGAAGCAAUGACGUCUGUCGUCGAUCUCCAACAACGGUUCAACGACACUAGUGUUGCCGUCAGCCUGAAUAAACCGAGUGUGCGUAUUGACAUCGAAGAAGUUAUCGACGGCAUCCUGGGCGACCACCACAUGUCCGCGCAACCAUCCUCUACGCCUGGUGUCGACGACCCUCUCGAUGUCAAACCUUCCGGGGGAUCUGUCGUGGCUUUGUCGCCGAUGAAUUCUCCGAUGCUGCCGCCGACCAUCGCCAGCGGAGGAGAAGGCGAGAUCGGGGGACGACAAGAUGUCACAUCCCCGAAAAAAAUUGUCGCCGGCACUCGAGCUCUCGACGUGCUGGCCUUGCCCACGCCAACUUCGCCGAUUAAAGAGCAGAGAGACAAACCAGCUGGUAAGCAGUGACAAAUGCAACUCUGUCUGUGCGCCAGUGACCGCAGUGUCUGUCGAUGCGGGGAGUUCCUGAUGCCGGUAUGCUACAGCCAC